CCGAAGGUUUCAGCUGGACGUCAACAUGUCUGGAUUGCGGCAAACACCGUUGACAUGCAGUGGUCACACGCGUCCAGUGGUCCAGUUGGCCUUCAGUGAUAUAACACCUUUCGGUUACUUUCUAAUUAGCGCUUGUAAAGAUGGAAAUCCAAUGCUCCGUCAAGGUGAUACAGGAGACUGGAUCGGAACAUUUAAAGGCCACAAAGGAGCUGUUUGGGGUGCCACUAUCAACAGAGAUGCCACAAGAGCAGCCACAGGAGCGGCGGACUUCUCAGCCAAAAUCUGGGAUUCUUUGAGUGGAGAAGAGUUACAUUCCUUUACACAUAAGCACAUUGUGAAAUCAGUGGACUUUGAUGAAGAUGGCACCCAGCUCCUGACAGGAAGUAACGAAAAACUCUUACGGAUAUUUGAUCUCAAUCAGCCAGAAGCAGAUGCCAAAGUAACUUUCAGUGGUCAUGAACACAACAUAAGAGCAGCAAUAUUCGCCCAUUUUGACAAACAGAUCAUCAGUGCUUCAGAUGAUAAGACAGUCAGAAUUUGGGAUGCAGUCAGUGGAAGUGAGAUAAAGAAGCUGGAGUUCCCUGGAAUUCCCAGCAGUUUAGAAUUGUCAAAAGAUGGACGAGUCUUGGUGAUCACCCAUGGUAAUUGUACCAGCUUCUGGAAUGCAGACAGGUAUGAGAAGAUCAAGGACUAUAUAGCUCCUACUCAAGUGAACUCGGCCUCUCUCCAUGAAAAUAAAAAAGUGUUUGUGUGUGGAGGGGAGGACUUCAAGAUGUACAAGUUUGAUUAUGAAACGGGUGAAGAACUAGAAUCCUUCAAAGGUCACUUUGGCCCUGUGCACUGUGUGCGUUUUUCACCAGACGGGGAACUUUACGCCAGUGGAAGUGAAGACGGAACUCUCCGUCUAUGGCAGACCACAGUGGGCAAAACCUAUGGCCUGUGGAAAUGCGUGAUGCCUGACGAAUGUGUCAACAACACCGAUUCUACUCCAGCAAAACCAGAAACCUAGUGGGCAGUGCGUUGUUAAAUUAGGUUCUGGUUACAAUUAAAGAAAAAAAAAUGAAAAAGUCAGAAUAUGGCCAACAGGAUUGAGCGAGUUUGAGCACUUUGGCCAGCAACGGUCAGCCAUCAGAAGCGCUUUGUUUCACAGCACCAUGAUUUUGUAUGUUGUUUCCUGUUACAACACAACUUCCUGUUGCAUGUUAUGCAAUUUGAAAUCAACCAGCUGUAUCUCAAAUUUCCAAAUUUCAAGGUUACUAAAAUUUCCAACCAAUAUUUUGAAACAGGGUCAGUUUCGUUAAGCUUUUGUAUCUAUUCAAUGUUUAUUUGUAAAAUGAAAUACAAGUGUAGAAGUUAAGAUAUAUGUUGAAGGGGUGCAGCAAGCUUUGCAGAAUUUAAAACAUGACUGUCAGACUUCUUGAAUGUCCAUAUGUAUUAAAUAUUUUCUUGUUUGGACAACAAGAAAGCAAAUGAACCAAAAAUUCCUCAUAAAAACUUCAACUUUGAAGCUCUGUACAUUUGAAUAAACAUGAUAAAAUUGUAAGUAAAAUAUGAUGUCUGUACAUCAUACCGAAUUUUAAAAAAAUGUAUUUAUAUGAUUCUUUGGUUUUUGGUGCUAUCUCAUUAAAGUACUUAGAUAAAUC